UUCCUCUUCUCCCUCAUGUGCUGCUUGGCUAAUUUAAGAAUGUGACUUAUCACCUAAAUGACAUUCACAGAGCUAUCUGGGUCUGCGGCUUAUCUCCAGUGCUCUCUGCUAAAAUAAAAAAGAGUAGUGGGCAGAAGAGUUAACUCUCUGCAUGCAUUUACUACUGAAAACACACAGCUUUUAAAGUAGUGACACACUAUUGACUACACGUUGUAACUCUUUUUCCUUUCACCACAAAUGACUACUCUAUUCUUUUGCAUGACCUCUCUUCUCUUCACUCUUUCCCCCCUGACUCUUUCUUAACUGCCUUCAAUAAACUAAGGCUACAGAACGUCACCUUACGAUCGAUCAGGUACAAUCUUUAGGGAACGCCGCCUGGGCCAUGGCUACUUCAAAGCCCGACAUCCUGAUCAUCCUGCUCCAGAAGCUGAUGGAGGAGGGAAACCUGCUCUACAAGAAAGGGAAGAUGAAGGAGGCGGCUCAGCGGUACCAGUACGCCCUGAGGAAGUUUCCUAGAGAAGGCUUUGGUGAUGACCUGAAGGCGUUUAAAGACCUGAGGGUCUCUCUGUACCUCAAUCUCUCCCGGUGUCGCAGAAAAACCAAUGUAAGUCCUUCACUCUCUGUUCCUCAGACAGUGCUGUGUUUUUAACGUUCUCCUUUAAAGGUCCGCUACUAUACUGUUU